UGACCCAAACACUCCUAACCUGCCAACCUAGCGACCUGUCAAGAUUAUUUCCAACGUGCGCUCUCCUCCAACCAUCCAUCCGUUAGUUCUGCGAUUUCGCGGCGGCCUCUAUCGAUCCCUCAGUCGGCCAUGGUCACCUCAAUCGUCGCCGCCUCCUCGGUUUUCGGGCUCCUAGUGGUUCUCGUUUCAGGACUUCCCUACGAAUUUGACGACCAAAGAGCCACCAAGGCACUCUACGAUGAGGUCCGGCAAUUAUUAAAUUUAAAUCAACAAGGGUAUAUGCAGGAUGCCCCUCAACCUGAACAGAUACUCUCUUCGGAGAGUCCUGAUAAGCCCGAAACACCUCGAGCAGUGAAAAAUUGGCCCGAAGAAGAUUUGAAAUUGGGACAAGUUUCAGGAGUCUCUGUAAAUGCUGCUCUGCAACCAGUUAUCUUCCAUCGGGGUGACCGUGUUUGGAAUCAAUUCACUUUCAACGAAACUCAUCACUUCCAAUUGGGACACAUAGGACCAAUCAGGGAACACACUGUUCUUACAUUGGACCCUCUGAACGGCAAGGUCUUAGGAAAAUGGGGAGCUGACUUUUUUUACAUGCCCCAUGGGUUAACAGUUGAUAGACACGACAAUCUCUGGUUAACAGAUGUGGCUUUACAUCAAGUAUUCAAAUUUAAACCUGGAGAACUCCAACCAGCUCUUACAUUUGGUGUUAGAUUCGAACCUGGUUCUGACAAGAAGCGCUUUUGUAAACCAACAUCUGUAGCUAUCGCAUCUACCGGAGAAAUUUUUAUUGCUGAUGGUUAUUGCAACACAAGAAUACUUAAAUAUAAUGCGGCUGGAACUCUGUUACGAGUUUUUCCCACUCCUCCAGAAGCCCUUUCGCUGCAAGUACCUCAUGGACUCGCUUUAAUUGAGCCAAUGGACAGAAUCUGCGUAGCUGAUAGAGAAAAUAUGAGAGUGGUUUGUCCCAGGGCGGGUUUAUAUACUUUGCAAGGGAAAAAAGAACCUGCCCUUACCAUUACUCAACCAGAUAUGGGCAGAGUGUUUGGAGUUGCAUCAAAAGGCAAGCUCAUUUACGCCGUAAACGGCCCAACGUCCAUGCUUACCGUCCAGGGCUUGACCAUCGACCCACAGACGGAGUCGGUCAUCGAUCAUUGGGCGCCCGAGGAGGGCUUUGGAAAUCCACACGACAUAGCUGUAUGUCCGAACGGUUCAGCAAUCUACGUAGUCGAGAUAGGACCAAACCGAGUUUGGAAAUUCGAACUAGUUCCACCUAAAAAAUAAUAGUAAUAAAAAUAAAUAAAAAACUAACGUACUUAUCGUAAAAUAAAACGUUGCUUCUGCUUUCAGUUUAAAAACAAAGUAUAAUAGCGAUAUUAUUUGUAUGCACCUACUUACUUAGGUACUGCAGUUUUCUUAAAAAUGAUUUGCGCAAUAAUUUAAGCAUAUCAGAUUAAGAAAUAUAAUUUUAUUGUAAACUAAAUAAUCAAAAGAAAAAGAAGGUAAGUUAAUUAUCCACCAGCGUAAAUCAGUGUGAAUUGCAGAAAAAUAUUUUAUAGCUGUAUUCCAGUGGGAAAUAAAUCAUUAUCAAAAAUUUAUCUAUCUAAAAGUAAUGAUUCUAGAUGAUAAGUAAAUAUUAGUACCUACCUAGUAUCUUUUUACAGUGGUUAUUUAGAUAAUCCGUAUGUGCAACGCAUAUUUUUGAAAACUAUACCUAUAUAAAAAGUUACUUAUUGAGAUUAAAAUUAGUGCUUGAUGAUGUGGUUCUAAAGUAAUAAAUUCAUAUAUUUUAUAGAUUUUUAAAAUUUGUAAGACAUUAGCGAAAAAAGUGAUUUAGACCAAAAUGUAUAAUUGUUGAUGUAUUGAUAUGUAUAGUAUUUAUUUAGCAACUAUAAACGUAGAC